AUGGCGCCGUCGUCGCCCGCGGUUCCCGCGGCCGCGAUGGACGACCGAGAUGAGAACGAGGACGCGUGGCGCGUCGGCGGGUUCAGGGUCGCGGGCGUCCGCAGCAAGGUGUUCGCGCCUCCGCCGGGGCACCCGCGGCGAAGCGCCCAGGGGUUCCUCGUCUCCCUGGAGCGGGAUCCCGCGAGCGCGCCGCCGUCGCCGAUGCGCGCGAGCGGCGGCUCCGACGUCCCGCUGCGUCAGCUCUUCCCGGGGAACGCGGCGAUGCACCGCGCGGCGGAGUCGGAGUCCGCCAGCCGACGCGCGUCCCCGACGAAAACGCGCGGGCGGUCUCGCGACGAUGAACCAGAUGCGCUCGGAUUCUCGACGACGACGCAACCGGGAGACGACCGGCGGCGACGCGCGACGCUCGUGCGCGCCUCCGCGUCCACCCCCGGCCGCGCCUCCGCGUCGUCCCAACCGGCACCGGCGUCGCCGAUAUCCCCGGAGGCGGCGCGCGCGGCCCGACGCGCGCACCGCAAGCGGCUCGCGCAGAUCGUCGUGUCGCACUGGCGCUGGUUCGCCGCUGACGCGCUCGAAGCCUUACCGCUGUGGAGACCGUUUCGCGCGAGAACGCUGCUGCGAAAGGCGAUGGCGCGGUGGGCUCGGGCGCGUAUCGACGCGCGCCGCGAGAGACGAACGCGGACGAGAGACGCGGAGGAGACGAGGCGAGAAGAGGCGCGAGCCAGGCGAGAGUUUGCCGUCACGUGCCUGCUCCGAUGGGAAGAAAACGCUCGACUGGCCAAGCGCAAUCGCCGGGCGCACGAGGCGGCGCGGAAGCACGCGCUGCACCGCGCGUGCGGCGGGCGCGUCCCCCACGUCCUCCCGGCGUGGAGGGCCGUUAUAACGCUCGCGCGACGCCGCCGGCUCUUCGCGACAAACACAGCCGCGACACGAGCCAAGGCGCUGACGAAAAAAUCAGUCGAGGCGUGGAAGUCGACGCUCCUCGCGGCGCGCGUGUCGUCGCACCUCGCCGAUUCGAUGGCGCACGCGCGUCGAAGGCGAGACGCGGGUAACGUCCUUCACGCGUGGCGAGAGGAGGCCAAACGGCGGCGCACGGCGAGGUGUUUGGUAGCCGCGCGGGUGGAGGCGGCUCGAGCGGAAAUCGCCGCGGGUAACGUCCUUCGCUCGUGGCGCGAGUGGACGCGAACGCGGCUAGCCAAGGCGCGCGUUCGUCACACGCAAAGGGCGGUGCGCUGCGCGUUCCUGCGUUCCCAGUCGUUCCGGGGCUGGGCGCUGUACGCGGCGUACUCGAGGGAGUGCGAAGCCAUCGGGCACGCGGUGCAGAGGAAUCACGAGCGAGUCGUCAAGGCGUCGACGGUUCGCGGCUGGCGCGACGCGGUCAUGGGCUCUAAACUCGCGCGCGCGGCCCAUAGGUACUUCGUCUGGUGCGGCACACGGGUGUGGCGCGAGUGGUGCGCGAUGGCGAGCGACGGCGCGGUGGCCAGGCGCGUCGCGUACGCCCGGGGGUGGGCCAAGGAUCGACGCAGGACCGCCGAUUUUCUGCUUCGCUGGCGAGCGGCGGCGGCGGAUGCGAAACGCGCGCGGAUCGCGAACGACAUCGCGCGCGAGCACGACGAUCGCAGGGCGACGCGGUCGGGGUGGAGGCGCUGGUGCGCGCACGUCGCGGACGCGGAAAGGGCGCGAGAGCUGACCGAAAAAGCGGAGGCUCACUUUGCGUUUACGUCGGCGAAGGACGCGUUUGCGCGGUGGCGGUGGGCGUCGGCGGCGACGCGUCGCGACGCCGCCGCGGACGCCUUCGUCAUGACGUGGCUCGCCAGACGGACGAUCACACGAUGGAGGAACCAGACGGAGCGCGCGCUGAUGAGGGAGGCGCGGCGGAGGGUCGCCGCGCGCCAUCACUACCGCGCCACGCUUCGGCGGGUACUCACCGUGGUUUUUCCGCGGUUCGUCGAGUGGUCAAAGACGAGAAACGCCGUUCGCGCCAAGGCGGCGGCGCACCACGAACGCGUGACGAGGCGCAAGGUGAUGAACGCCUGGAGGGGCCCGAUCGUGACGGAGGGGCGCAAGGACAGGCUCGCGUCUCGAAAGGCUUCGGUGAUGCGGGACGCUCUUUUGGCGCUAAAGGCUUUCGUGUCGUGGCGGCACUGGACGGAGAAGAGGGCGGCGAAGAACCGCGCGCUGGCCGACGCGGACGCGCACCACGGCGCGGUGCUGCUGCACAGGUGCUUGCUCGCGUGGGACGACUGGCUGAGCGGUAAGCUGCGCCGGCGCGAGGCUACGGGCGCGCGGGUCGGAGCCGCGGCGCGAGCGCUGGGCGAGACCAAACGCUUCAGAAUUUUCGCCGGUUGGCUCGAGAUGGCCAGGGAGGGUGCGGUGUUUCGCGUGCAGGCGGACAGGGCGGACGCGCACAGGGACGAGCGCGCGAAGGUGUGCGUUCUCCUCGCGUGGCUCGACCACGUCGAUCAACGCAAGAAGCGCCGGAUGGACAUCGUCACGGCUGAUCGAUUCAGGCGACGACGGUUAACGUUUGACGCGAUGGAGGCGUGGGUCCGACGCGUCGUCCAUCGCAGAAGGCGCGUCACGGGAUACGCUAACGCGGUGACGUGGCGCAACGCACGCACGUCCAGGCGCGUCUGGCGGCUCUGGCGCGCGUGGCUCGACCGCCGGGGGCGGAAGCGCGCGCGCGAGGAGGCGGCGUUGGCGAUGCAUCGCGACGCGUGGAUGAGGGACGGCGCCCGCGCCUGGCUCGCCGCCGGGCUGGAGAGCCGGGACAGACGCGCGGAGCGGAGCGCCCGCGUCGCCGCCGAGGAAGCAGCCGCCGCGUUGGUCCGCGCUGGCAAGUUCGCGCGGAGGUGGAGGCACAGGGUGCUCGGCGCGAGGGAGAGCGUCGCGAGGUUUGAGCCGUUUGAAAGGGUGGAGCCGUUUGAAAGGGUGGCGCCGUUUGAAAGGGUGGCGUUUGCGGCUGUCGAUUCGCGGAUCCGCUCGACGUGCUCGAGCGGGGGUUCGGCGGCUUCGUCGGAGGAUCCGUACCGCCCUCGUCUCGUGGGGGGCAACCUCGGGGGCAAGCGCGCCGACGCCGAGGCGCCCGCCGUGACGGCUGUGACGGAUGUAACGGCCGUAACGGCCGUAACGGCCGUAACGGCCGUGACCCCGGACGCGCCGAGGGGUUUCGUCUCUUUCCCGCGUCUGCUACACCCGACUCCCCCGGGUUUGCCGACGCCCCCGUCGCCGUGGGUCAGGCCGCCGAGGACGCCGCCCGCGUCCGCUGCGACGUCGUCCGCGAUGUCCGUCGCGAGCGUCAUGACCCCCGAGGAUCUGAAACGGCACGAGUCGGUCAUCGUCGAGCACGAGGCGCUUCGAGCGGAGUCGGCGAGGUUAGCCGCGGAGGCUCGAUCGAUCGACGGGGACAGCCCGGAGGAUGACGCGCGGCGACGCGCGCUGGAGGCGGCGGCGUCGCACCUGAGGCAGCGACGCCGGGAGCUGCUACCGGCGGUCCGGGCGGCGGCGGCGGCGCUCGGCGAGGCUGUCGCGCUCAGCGAUCGGUGA